GGCAAAAGAUCUUGGGCUGACACUCCCAGCAGGGUAGAUCCUGGGAAUCUGAUCUCCUGGCCUCCCCCACAUCCUCCCCCCACCCCACUUCCUGGAGCAGCGACCUGCCCCCUUCCCGCCUGUACUCCCCUCCGCUUCCAGGGCUGGGCUUCUCCUCACUCCAGCCAGACAGCCUACCCUCCACCCAGGGGAAGCGGCGGCCUCCGCCAGCUGCUUCCAGGAAGCCCCGGGCCUGGCCCCAGCAUUGUUCGGGCCCGCAGCGGCACCCACACAGCCGGACACCAUGAAGUCCAGCGGCCCCGUGGAGAGGCUGCUCAGAGCCCUAGGGAGGAGGGACAGCAGCCGGGCCACCAGCAGGCCUAGGAAAGCUGAGCCACACAGCUUCCGGGAGAAGGUUUUCCGGAAGAAGCCACCUGUCUGUGCGGUGUGCAAAGUGACCAUCGAUGGGACGGGCGUGUCCUGCAGAGUCUGCAAGGUGGCCACACACAGAAAAUGUGAAGCCAAGGUGACUUCGUCCUGCCAGGCCGUGCCUCCUGCAGAGCUGCGGAGAAACACGGCCCCCGUGAGGCGCAUAGAGCACCUGGGAUCCACCAAGUCUCUGAACCACUCCAAGCAGCGCAGCACUCUGCCCAGGAGCUUCAGCCUGGACCCCCUCAUGGAGCGCCGCUGGGACCUGGACCUCACCUACGUGACCGAGCGGAUCCUGGCCGCCGCCUUCCCGGCGCGGCCGGACGAGGAGCGGCACCGGAGCCACCUGCGCGAGCUGGCUCACGUGCUGCAGUCCAAGCACCGGGACAAGUACCUGUUCUUCAACCUUUCGGAAAAAAGACACGACCUGACCCGCCUAAAUCCCAAGGUCCAGGACUUCGGUUGGCCUGAGCUGCACGCACCCCCCCUGGACAAGCUGUGCUCCAUCUGCAAAGCCAUGGAGACCUGGCUCAGUGCUGACCCACAGCAUGUGGUCGUACUGUACUGCAAGGGGAGCAAGAGCAAGCUCGGGGUCAUCGUCUCUGCCUACAUGCACUACAGCAAGAUCUCCGCAGGGGCGGACCAGGCACUGGCCACUCUUACCAUGCGGAAGUUCUGUGAGGACAAGGUGGCCGCGGAUCUGCAGCCCUCCCAGCGCCGAUACAUCAACUACUUCAGCGGCCUGCUGUCUGGCUCCAUCAGAAUGAACAGCAGCCCUCUCUUCCUGCACUAUGUGCUCGUGCCUGUGCUGCCAGCCUUUGAGCCUGGCACAGGCUUCCAGCCCUUCCUCAAGAUCUACCAGUCCAUGCAGCUCGUCUACACAUCUGGAGUCUAUCACAUCGCAGGCCCUGGUCCCCAGCAGCUUUGCAUCAGCCUGGAGCCAGCCCUCCUCCUCAAAGGGGACGUCAUGGUGACGUGCUAUCACAAGAGUGGCCGGGGGACAGACCGGACCCUGGUGUUCCGAGUCCAGUUCCACACGUGCACCAUCCACGGGCCACGGCUCUCCUUUCCCAAAGACCAGCUGGACGAGGCCUGGACGGAUGAGAGGUUCCCCUUCCAAGCGUCAGUGGAGUUCCUCUUCUCCUCCAGCCCCGAGAAGAUGAAAGGCAACACCCCCCGGAACGACCCCGCCGUCACCGUGGACUACAACACGGCCGAGCCCGCUGUGCGCUGGGACUCCUACGAGAACUUCAACCAGCACCACGAGGACAGCGCGGAAGGCUCCCUGACCCACACGCGUGGCCCCCUCGAUGGCAGCCCCUACGCCCAGGUGCAGCGGGCCCCCCGCCAGACUCCGCCGGCGCCUUCUCCGGAGCUGCCCCCAGCCCCGCUGCUGUCCAUCAGCAGCGACUCCGGCCAUUCGUCCACCAUCACCACCGAGCCAGCGGCGGAGUCCCCCGGCCGGCCGCCCCCCACGGCUGCCGAGCGGCAGGAGCUGGACCGCCUCCUGGGAGGCUGCGGGGUGGCCGGCGGCGGCCGGGGGGCCGGGCGCGAGACGGCGAUCCUGGAUGACGAGGAGCAGCCCCCCGCCAGCGGAGGCGCCCACCUUGGGACGUACGCGGGCCACCGACCUGCCCUCAGCCGCCACUGCUCCUGCCGCCAGGGCUACCGGGAGCCCUGCGGGGUCCCCAAUGGGGGCUACUACCAGCCAGAGGGCACCCUGGAGAGGCGGCGGCUGGCCUAUGGGUACGAGGGGCCGGCCCAGGGCUAUGCCGAGGCCUCCGUCGAGAAGAGGCGCCUCUGCAGGUCGCUGUCCGAGGGGCCGUACCCCUACGCCCCGGAGCUGGGGAAGCCGGCCGGCGGGGACUUCAGCUACCGCGCCCCAGGCUACCGGGAGGUGGUGAUCCUGGAGGAGCCUGGGCUGCCCACCGCCCUGUGUUCCUGCCCCGCUUGUCAGGAGAAGCUGGCGCUGCCCACCACGGCUCUGUAUGGGCUACGGCUGGAGAGGGAGGCUGGAGAGGGGUGGGCGAGCGAGGCCAGCAAGCCUCUCCUGCACCCCGUGCGGCCCGGGCACCCGCUCCCCCUGCUGGUGCCAGCUUGCGGGCACCACCAUGCCCCAAUACCUGACUACAGCUGCCUGAAGCCACCCAAGGCAGGCGAGGAAGGGCACGAGGGCUGCUCCUAUGCCCUGUGCCCAGAAGGCAGGUAUGGGCAUCUGGGCUACCCUGCCCUGGUGACCUACGGCUAUGGAGGCGCGGUUCCCAGUUUCUGCCCAGCGUAUGGCCGGGUGCCCCACAGCUUCGGCUCUGCGGGCGAGGGCAGAGGGUACCCCAGCCCUGGGGCCCACUCCCCACGGGCUGGCUCCGUGUCGCCGGGCAGCCCACCCUACCCACCAUCCAGGAAGCUGAGCUACGAGAUCCCUGCAGAGGAGGGAGGGGACAGGUAUCCGCUGCCCGGCCACCUGGCCCCAGCAGGACCCCUGACAUCUGCAGAGUCGCCUGAGCCGGCGCCCUGGAGGGAGGGCCCCAGCAGGCACAGCACCCUGCCUCGGUCUCCCCGAGAUGCCCCGUGCAGUACCUCUUCAGAGAUGUCUGGUCCCUCCACACCCCUGCACACCAGCAGCCCGGUCCAGGGCAAGGAAAGCACCCGGCGGCAGGACACCAGGUCCCCCACUUUGGCGCCCCCUCAGAGACUGAGUCCUGGCGAGCCCUUGCUGCCUGUCCCCCAGCGGGGCGCUGAGAAGCCUCCUGAGCUGCCAGCAAGAAGUGGGCUUGAGCCUCCAACCCCAAGCCCCUUAUCCCCGACCUCCCCGCCCAGCUCACCCAACGACUGGCCUCAGGAGAGGAGUCCUGGGGGUCGCUCAGACAGUGGCAGCCCUAGGGGCCCUGUGCCCACCACGUUGCCCGGCCUCCGCCACGCCCCCUGGCAGGGCCUUCGAGAGCCACCGGACAGCCCGGACGGGUCCCCCCUCACGCCUGUGCCUACCCAGAUGCCCUGGCUUGUGGCCAGCCCUGAGCCACCUCAGAGCUCACCCACGCCUGCCUUCCCCGUGGCAGCAUCCUAUGAUAUCAAUGGCCCCACCCAGCCCCCACUUCCUGAGAAACGCCACCCGCCAGGGCCUGGGCCGCAGCCGGGCCCCUGGGGCCCAGGGCAGGCAUCACCACCAGCCAGAGGCACCAGUCACCACGUCACCUUCGCACCUCAGCUCCCAGAUAACACCCCUCAGCCCCCAGAGCCUCCCCUGCAAGAGAGCCAGAGCAACGUCAAGUUUGUCCAGGAUACGUCCAAGUUCUGGUACAAGCCACACCUGUCCCGUGACCAAGCCAUCGCCCUGCUGAAGGACAAGGACCCUGGGGCCUUCCUCAUCAGGGAUAGCCAUUCAUUCCAAGGAGCCUACGGGCUGGCCCUCAAGGUGGCUACACCCCCACCCAGUGCUCAGCCCUGGAAAGGGGACCCCUUGGAACAGCUAGUCCGCCAUUUUCUCAUUGAGACCGGGCCCAAAGGCGUGAAGAUCAAGGGUUGUCCCAGCGAGCCCUACUUUGGCAGCCUCUCCGCCCUGGUCUCCCAGCACUCCAUCUCCCCCCUGUCCCUGCCCUGCUGCCUGCGCAUUCCCAGCAAAGAUCCUCUGGAGGAGACCCCGGAGAUCCCAGUGCCUGCCAACAUGAGCACGGCGGCAGACCUCCUGCGGCAGGGCGCCGCCUGCAGUGUGCUCUACCUGACUUCCGUGGAGACCGAGUCACUGACGGGCCCCCAGGCGGUUGCCCGGGCAAGCUCGGCAGCUCUGGGCUGCAGCCCCCGCCCGACACCAGCUGUAGUGCACUUCAAGGUCUCAGCCCAGGGCAUUACCCUGACAGACAACCAAAGGAAGCUUUUCUUUCGCCGCCAUUAUCCAGUGAACAGCAUCACCUUCUCCAGCACUGACCCUCAGGACCGGAGAUGGACCAACCCCGAUGGAACCACCUCCAAGAUCUUUGGCUUCGUGGCCAAGAAGCCGGCAAGCCCCUGGGAGAAUGUGUGUCACCUCUUCGCAGAGCUUGACCCCGAUCAGCCUGCAGGCGCCAUUGUCACCUUUAUCACCAAAGUUCUACUGGGCCAGAGGAAAUGAAGGAAGGCCACAAGCUCAGAGCCCACACCAACACUGUGUCCCUCCCAGCACCCCACAGCCCUCACUUCCCCCGGCCUGGGCCCAGGAGCCGGCCCUCUCCCUUAGGAAUAGGCAGUGGGCACCAGCCUGGGACACUGCUCCCCUUCCCCGCCCCAGCCUGCUAAGCUAAGUGGACGGGCCCACGAGAUGACCUUGCACGUGAGCAGAUGGCAGAGAUGGGCAUGUGAAGGGUGAGGAAGCGAUCAGGACAGCCCCACCUGUACGUCAGCCCUGGAGAGGAGCCAGUUCCACCCAGCCGCAGGUCCCAGCAUGGCGGGGAGAGGGGAGCAGGGUGGGGAGCAACGUACUCCCUCCUCUGCCUUCUCCGAGCAGAAGGAUCAGAGUGGGAUCACAGGAAAAGGGGGGGGAAAGAGUCUAUUUUUGUCUAAUAAUAAAGAAUUUCUAUAAUGU